AUGCGUCGCUCAGCUCGUAUCAGCACACUCUCGCGAGAGCGGGCUGUCACACCCGAUAACUCAACAGCUACCACUACGCGGUCCAGACGCAGGGCAGAGGAGCCUUCCGAGCCAUUGACCCCCAUAGGCCGGACCGUCGACAUCUGGUACGAUCUUUGGUCAACCAAGCGACUGAACGAAGCAAUCACGCAACGCACGGGCAAAGACCCCGGGCCGCUGGAGCGACCAUGCUAUGUGCGCCGACUCGUCGAACUUGAUCAAGAAUGGACUUUCCACCGAUUCUGGGAACUACCAAAGGAGCUGCGCUUCGCCAUCUACGCCAAAUGUCUGGAGCUACAACCAUCGAAGACAAGCGGUUUACUGACCUGCUAUCCCAAUAUCCUGCAGACAUCGUCUGGCAUUCACAAGGUGGCGCAGCCUAUGCUGUAUACUACGAACACUUUUGAGCUUAAGAUCAAUACGAUCGAGUUCAGCAAACUCGACCACCCCGUAGAGACACUCGAGGAUGCUCCUAUGGAGGAUAUUGAUGAGCUGUGGCCCGAAAUGUUCUCCAAAAUCACAUCCAUUACACUAGUUCUACGGCUGGUGCAAGGCGUGAUCAAGCAAGAUGAUGACGACGAGGCUACUGAGCAUGAGCAGGAGGCAGUCGAUCGAGACCCAGACAAAGACUUCGAGACAGAAGAGGAUGAUGGCGACGACGAUGAAGCGAAUUCAUCAGACCACGACGAAGCAGACGCGGAUGCUGAUGAGAUUGGAGUUGAAGAAGAGGAAGAACCUCGGAUCGAAGACGCUAUAGCUGGUGAUGAGGACGAGGAAGAUGUUGCUCCUGAUAGCUACCAACAGCUCAACCACAUCUUGUACUCUCUGAUGGCGCUGCCCAUGCUGAAGAACCUCCACAUCGUGGUGAAGAAGUGCCCUGAGCAUGUGAGUGACGAAUUGCUAGAAUCCAUCCUCCAUCCAGUCACACAACUGGCGCAUAGCACAGGCGCACGCUUGACUUUCGAGUGUGUACCGGUUAAGGUGACGACAAGUCUGGAGGACUCACGAGCACUGACGCGCAAGACUUCAUCACAUCACACUCUCCUCUGCAAACUGCAAGACGAAGUGAUCCCAGCGAGUGGAUUCUACGACCGAGUCGCGGCGAGUGAGCGUGCCAACGGGAUUGUUCGGUUGCUGGCGAAUAUCAUCCACGAAGCCGAGGAUUGCUCGAAUACUCUAGACGUCUACUUCGACUCGGCUCACUACGACCGUUGCAAUACAGCUUUGACAGCUUUGAGGUCGUGUCUGGCUUCUACGGCCUUUCGGGAUUUCGAGGCGAAGAUCCUUGACGGAUGGACUACUGCAAAGACAUCCUCGUGA